AUGCCAUUAUUUUAUGCAACUAAUAGAAGGACUAUCGAAUCUGCCCUUCCUCAAGCCAUUUAUUUGGGCUUAGAAAUGGAUUACAACAAAGAAACCAAUGAAGUCGAGUACUCAAUUUGCACAAACGACGGCAAUUAUUCUAUUGAUUUUGAAGUUUCAUCAAUUGAUGUUUCGGAUAUCUCAAAGAAAGAAAGUCAUAAGAAUGUGGAAUAUAUAGAAAGAAUUACUAAAAUAAUCUUUGAAAAAAUUCUUGCUUAUGCAAAAUCUCAGAAUUAUAAAAUUCAUGCUAUUGGACUUGGCGCUCAUAUAAAAAACCGAGAAUCAACAGGCCAGAUAAAUGGAAAGAAUGCUAAAGCAUUAUUGUUUGAAGCACAAGGUCUGGCAUCUAAGCUGUGGCUAGAAUAUGAUAUUCUACCGUUUAUUAUUGGAACAAGAGGAAGAAGCAUAGAUGAACGAGCUUGUUCAGCAGUUAGAAAAGCUGUUAUUUGGCUAUGUCCACAAAUGCCUGGAUCAAUUCCAAGAAUUUCGGUUGGAUACAGACAUGAAGUUGAGGUUGACUUAAAUGGAAUGAUUAAAUUAGUAGAUCUAGUACAUUAUGAAAAUACUGUGUGUCCAGAAACAUGGAAAAUUUUAUUACAACUUGUUGACCAAUUAAAAUCCAAGGGGAUUAAAGCUUCAUUUUUUAACGCAACACCUCAAGGCGGUGGGGUUGCUCUUAUGCGUCAUGCGCUUAUUCGACUUUGUCGUCUCUUAAAACUGGAUAUUCAUUGGUAUGUAGCCAAGCCGAGGCCUGAAAUUUUUGACAUUACGAAAAGGAAAUUCCACAACAUUUUGCAGGGCGUAGGUCCUUCUGACGCACGUCUAACGCAGGAUGAUAAAGAUGCAUUUAUAGCUUGGUCAGAUAACAAUGUUGAACGCUUUUGGGAUGAUGAAGAUGGGCCAAUUAAAACAAGUGAUGUUAUUAUUAUUGACGACCCGCAAGUGUGUGGUAUCAUUCCACAUAUUAAGAAAUUAAAUCCAACUUGUAAAGUCAUUUUUCGUAGUCAUAUAGAAAGUAAGCUAUUAUGCUAUGCAAUCAAAUUAAUAAUAAAUAAUCCAACUGGUCCCCAAGCAGAAGUGUGGGAUUUUCUUUGUGGAUUUAUUUCUCAAGCUGAUCUCUUUGUAUCACAUCCUAUAGCAAAUUUUGUACCAGAUAACGUUCCCAGUGAAAAAGUUGUCCUUCUUCCGGCGUCUACAGAUCCAUUAGAUGGAUUGAACAAAGAAUUAAGUGAAUUGGAUCUAAAUUAUUAUAAAAUGGUUUAUAAUAGAUUAUCUAUCGAUCAAUGUGGUGUUGUGAUUGAUUUUAAUAGGCCUUAUAUUAUUCAAGUUGCAAGAUUUGAUCCCAGUAAAGGCAUUCCACUUGUAAUUGAAUCAUUCAAGAUAUUUCGUGACAAACUUAAAAAAGAGGGCUGGCCCUCUGAAAAAAUGCCUUCACUAAUAAUUUGUGGUGCUAGUAGCAUUGAUGACCCAGAUGGUAGCCCAAUUUUUGAGCAAACCUGCAUGUUAUUGCAGCGGCCCAAAUAUUCUGACAUUGCAGAUGAUGUUUCAGUUGUUCGUCUUCCAGCAUGUGAUCAGAUAUUUAACGCUAUGUUAAGGUGUGCUCGUGUCGCGUUGCAGCUCAGUACGAGGGAAGGAUUUGAGAUUAAAGUCACAGAAGCCUUGGCUAAAGGUGUUCCAGUAGUGGCAUUUAAAGCUGGUGGUAUCCCACUUCAAAUCAAGCAUGGAGAAACUGGAUUUCUCGUUGAUAUUGGCGAUACAGCUCAAGUAGCAAAUCAUUUAUUUGCUUUAUUUACAAAUGAUGAGUUAUAUAAAAAGAUGUCGUUUUUAGGAAGAUCAUCUUUAAAUGAACAAUAUUUUACAGUUUUUCAAACAGUAAAUUGGUUAUAUUUGAUUGACACACUUGCAUCGAUAAGAUGGAAAAAUAUGACAAGCAAAACUAAUGAUGUUGUGAUAGGAAAUGCUAAAUGGGUUAAAGAUCUUUGGACAGAACAAUUUGGGUUAAAUAACUUGGGACAGAACAAUAUGGAUUCACAUCUUUGA